UCGCAGCGCCGCAGCCCCCUUCCCUCCCGGGGCCAUGGGGGACCCGCCCGCCGGGGACCUCAACUCCAACCGCCGCACCGGGGACCCGCAGCUCGACGCCGCCGUGGACCAGUGGCUCCGCUGGGACAAGAACCCAAAGACGAAAGAGCAAAUCGAAAACCUCUUACGGAAUGGGAUGAAUAAGGAAUUGCGGGACCGCCUGUGCUGCAGGAUGACCUUUGGAACGGCUGGGCUUCGUUCUGCCAUGGGAGCGGGUUUUUGCUACAUUAAUGAUCUUACGGUGAUACAAUCAACACAGGGAAUGUACAAAUACCUAGAAAGAUGUUUUUCAGACUUCAAGCAAAGAGGCUUCGUGGUGGGCUACGACACCCGGGGUCAGGUGACCAGCCGCUGCAGCAGUCAAAGCCUGGCAAAGCUGACCGCUGCCGUCUUGCUGGCCAAAGGUGUACCUGUCUAUCUGUUCUCAAGAUACGUCCCCACUCCUUUCGUGCCGUACGCUGUCCAGGAGCUCAAAGCUGUCGCGGGAGUCAUGAUUACCGCAUCCCAUAACCGCAAGGAAGACAACGGAUACAAGGUUUAUUGGGAAAACGGCGCCCAGAUCACAUCUCCGCACGAUAAAGAAAUUCUGAAAUGUAUAGAAGAAAGCGUCGAGCCGUGGAACGAUUCGUGGAACGAGAAUCUAGUUGACACCAGUCCCCUGAAGAGAGACCCCCUCCAAGAUAUUUGCGCGAGUUACAUGGAGGAUUUAAAAAAGAUUUGUUUUCACAGGGACCUAAACACCAAGACGAGCUUGAAGUUUGUCCAUACAUCGUUCCACGGGGUUGGACAUGAUUAUGUGCAGUUGGCUUUUAGAGCAUUUGGAUUUAAGCCUCCAAUUCCAGUUCCAGAACAAAAGGAUCCAGAUCCAGACUUUUCUACCGUCAAAUGCCCCAAUCCCGAAGAAGGAGAAUCUGUGCUGGAGUUGUCGCUCAGACUCGCGGAAAAGGAAGAGGCCAGGGUAGUGCUAGCCACGGAUCCGGACGCAGACAGACUGGCAGUGGCGGAGCUUCAAGGGAAUGGCCGUUGGAAAGUUUUCACAGGAAAUGAGUUGGCGGCUUUGCUUGGGUGGUGGAUGUUUGUAUGCUGGAAGGAGAACCACCCCCAGAAUGCUGAUGUGAGGAAUGUUUACAUGUUAGCUACCACAGUCUCCUCCAAAAUUUUGAAGGCAAUUGCUCUUAAAGAAGGAUUUCAGUUUGAAGAAACGUUACCGGGGUUUAAAUGGAUCGGAAGCAGAAUAAAAGAACUCCUGGGAAUUGGGAAAGAAGUUCUUUUUGCAUUCGAAGAGUCUAUUGGUUUUCUCUGCGGAACAUCGGUCUUGGACAAGGAUGGGGUGAGUGCCGCUGUGGUUGUUGCUGAAAUGGCGUCUUACCUGGACACCAAGAACCUCACAUUGGCACAACAACUUGUGAACAUUUAUGAGACGUAUGGACAUCACAUUUCAAAGACUUCCUAUUUUUUGUGUCAUGACCCUCCUACUAUCAAGAGCAUAUUUGAAAAGCUUCGCAAUUUUGGUUCCCCAAAAGAGUACCCGGAGUUUUGUGGUCCAUUUGGUAUAUUGCAUGUCCGGGAUGUCACAACUGGGUAUGACAGCAGCCAGCUGAAUAAAAAAUCGGUGCUGCCCGUGAGUAAAAACAGCCAGAUGAUCACCUUUACCUUCCAAAACGGUUGUGUUGCUACCCUCCGAACAAGUGGAACGGAACCCAAGAUCAAGUAUUACGCGGAGAUGUGCGCGUCACCCAACUGGAGCGACGCUGCCUCCCUGGAAAGAGAGCUAAAGAGACUGAUUGAAGCUUUGAUUGAGAAUUUUCUCGAGCCCAGUAAGAAUGGACUGAUCUGGCGGUCCGUUUAGAAACACUCCAGUGACUCUUUGGCCCGAUCGCGUGGAAUGAAAACACCGCUGCAUUUAGCAUUGAUUCACGUACAUCUGUAGCUCUCUGAAGUGACCGUGUCCUUUAAACCUCUAAAGAGGCAGUAUCUUGUAUCCGAUGCCGCACAAUCUCACAUAAGUCGGGUUGGUUUAUUAGCAGAAAAUUUGCUCACUCCGGCUUUCUCCAUGGAAAAACCUGGAGAGCCACCCCUCUGGAGUUUACCCCUCUAGAGACCUUUUCUUCCGCCACACGAGCGGACGGACGUCCUUGUCCUUGACGUCCUUUGUGCCGGGUAGGGUGGUUUGAACAAAGGACUGGCAAAAAGUUCAAAAUCUUACUUUCUAAUUGGAGGUCAUUCAAGGGAAUGGCCCCAUUUUGGCGGAGAAACUGGCACUGCUUCUUUAGAGCUGUGGUGUAGAAGUAUCAUUGUUGCAGGUCUUAAUUUUCAAGUAUGUUGAUGCGUAGAGUAUUUCCAAUUUCAAGCGUCGUCCAAGGUGAUGUAGCACGUGACUUCCAGCUAUUUAAAUACAGUUCCUUUCUGAAAACUGCUCUGGACGCAUUGUGCUUUUCUGUGUGGCUCGUAAGAUUUACGUUUACCGAAGUCAAACAAUAGUGGUGACUGUUUGCAGCUUAGUUUUGAUCAGUUUAUCGGUGCCUUACCAGGGCUUGGAUGUGAACGAAAUAACUUUCGUAUGUAUUUCAAUUGCUCACUCAGAGACCGUGGAACAUUAAUUAGCCUUCUGCUUUAAUAUCCUUCCAAACCACUAAGGUGCUUCAACAACUACUUUGCCAAGUCGGUAAAGUGCGUGAUUUCUUUUUUCUUUUUUUUUUUCUUUUAUAUCACCCAAGUUAGAAUAAAGAUCGUUGCUGAAUACAGGACUUAAAUGACAUACCAGUUAGGUAUGUUUAAAUCAAUCAAUCAUAUUUAUUGAGCGCUUACUAUGUGCAGAGCACUGUACUAAGCGCUUGGGAAGUACAAAUUGGCAACAUAUAGAGACAGUCCCUACCCAACAUUGGGCUCACAGUCUAAAGCAAUGACUAAGAGAAACCGAUUUCAUUCUAAGAAAAUGAGAUGUUAGUGCAAACGCUUGAACUCGAAUUUAGGACGGUAUAUAUCUCCUUCGCAUUUUUCAAGUCCGUAAAUACAUAUUUUGGAAUUCUCUUAUGAAUGCCGCAGCGAAGCAUAAUCUUACUGGUGUUCUUACAAUAACAUUAAUCUGAAUCAAUUGUCGAUUUGAUUCCGUUAAAAUCAGUUCAAUGUAUUUUGACGUCUGCUGCUGCAGUGAUGUCCUCAUCGCAAAGACAGUUAACAUUUCUUUUUUUUUUGUUGGGGGGGGGCGAGGUUUAGGAAGCAUCUUUGGAAGAUGACAGCACUUUUAUUGUCCUGUUGAGAAGAAUAUUAUAAACUUUCGAUGUAGACGGCUUAAUCAGUUCCAUGCCCUCUCGGUGCUAGUGUUCCUAGCCUUGGUAAGUGUACGCAGGUAGCUUAAAUAACCUAAGUAGUAAAAAAAAAAAAAAAAAAUCACAAGGGUCUUGAAUGAUAAUGAUAUGGCCCCGAGACAGUAUUGUUAAACAGCCAACAGUGUGGGUUACGAAAUCGUGUUUAACGCACAAAUCAAACAAUGUUAAGAAAAUUGUGGCUCCUCUGAAGUAGUUGCUUUAAAUUGAGCUCGUGAAAUCCAAGUAAAGCCUGGGGUGUGGCGUAUUUUUUUUUGUAGGUUUUCCGCUAUUAUUUAAUCUUUACGUUUGUUUCCAACUCAACACCCUUGAAUCUGGGUUGUUGACGAAGGCAGGGCGUUAGCCAGCUGGACUGUUGGAAAGGGUAUCGUCACUUUCUCAGCAUUUUAUUUUGUUGAGAAAAACUUUGCACUAAAAGAGGGGGAAAUGCAUUUCUUUAAAAACUCGGGCUUCAUGAAUGUACAUGUAUUGCAACCAGUUUCUGUGCCACAGAGUAAUCUGUGGACUAUUUAUUUUUGUUUCUAAUUAAACUUUGAAUCGACGAUCUUCGGAAAGGGGUAACGUUGAAAAGGUUGAGUUGACCUUUUCCCCCCUUCUCCUUCCUCCCUGUAGGAAAGCCAUUUUGGCCAUGGCGGGGGCGGUUCAUAAAGACAAGAUGAGUAGUUUCAGUUGGAGUGCUUUAUUGAUGUGCCACUCUGAAGGUCUCCUAAUGAAAAAUUAGGGUGGACAAAUACUUUGCUGCUUGGGCUCUUAUUUCUAAAAUCAGUGCCAAGUUAAAAUUGAGAACUAUCUUCCACUGUGACAGGAUAUAGAUCAAAGGCGAUUUGACAUCGGUGAGGCAUUUGUUGCCCAUCUUGGAGUGAUCGGCGAACUGGGAAGCGGUAAGCGAGACCGUAUCCAAGACAACAUUUCUUCAAAGGGAAUGGUGCCGAAAUAUGGUGCUUUUUAAAAUUUACUAUUUAUUUAAGCACCAUUUAAAAUGGUGCUUUUAAAAUACACAGAUGUCACCGAGGGAGGAAGUGGCAGAGAGGAUAGUCUACACUUUGCACCAGAAAUAAAAUUUGGGAAGGUUUCGGGGAAAAUGGUAACUUUGGAGAGAUGUGAGAAAUCAGCAGAUCAGGUUCGGUAAGGAUUAAAACGGUGUAGAACACUAGUUCCGAGGGGAAAACAAACAGAGAAACCCAGGGUAUUAAGUCAUCACCUACUAGCCACGAGUUAGGAACGCGGUGCUAUAAUUAAAAGAAACGAGAGCGACUGUAACAGUGAUAAACAGAAGCUUGGUGUGUUAGGACGGAGAAACCGUCCCGCUGUAGUCAGCGCUGAUUUAGAGUCUUCCUAGAACAUUUUCUCUUGAAGAAGGUUAUGGGAACCUUGGGGAGAGUCUAGAAAAAAUAGUGACCUUUUGUGAUUUAGAAAGAUAAUUUAAGGGUUGGAAGAUAAUCUUUGAAAAAGAGAAAUGGGAUCGUUUCAUCUGGAGAAGAGAAGGCCAAAGAGUGAUGGGGAACGGGCUUCGUACCUCUGGUUACCCUCCUCGGGGUCGGAGUUGGUCGGAUUUUGGCCGUUAACAAGGACGGGAUAACUAGAGGGCUGCGGCACGAAGAGUUGGAGUCAGUUCUGAAGAGGGUCUUAACAGUCAGGGUUUUAAAAUUUGGAACAGUUAAACGAGGGGACUGUGGAAAUCCACCGUCUCCCUCUGCCAAAGUGGCUUCCGAUUCGCUUCUCGGGCUGUCUUCCAGCUUUGGCUUCAGCCUACCGCUUUACGUCAGUUCAAAUACUGCCAAAAUGGUGCGGGCUUCGCGCAGGGUACCAAUUUGGUAUCGAUUUGGGUACCUACCCGUCAGUAUUUGAAAUACUUUUCAAACCUGAGGUAGCUAAUGCAGUGGAAAAAGCACCUGAUCCCAGAAGGGGAAAAAAAGAUCCAAAUGUUUAAUUAAAUACUAGGAAGAACUUGGCAUUGGAUGGAAUUGGGCAUUUUGGGGGAUAUCUUUAAUUAAGAAUCUUUGUUCCUAAGCAUAUAUGCCAUCUACUGCACUUAUUCUGUCCCCAAAGCAUUAUAAUUUAGUAAUUGUUCCACAAGCUGCUAGUUGUUUUUUUUUUUUUGGGGGGGGGGGGUUGCAUAUAUUUUAUCUUGGUAAUUACCAUGCUUGAAAUAUCAGAAUGACUCUGUUUUGCAAAUCUAAUUUUUUUGCCUUCCUUCCUCUCCCUGCCUUUCUUUGUUUCCUCCACCACUUUGUUAUUGUGAAAGAUUUAUUUUUGUAUUUCUUCACUGAUGAGAAACUUGAGUGUGCUUCGGAAUAUUUUGGACCUGUGCGUUACCUAAUUUCAACCGUGGAUUAUUGGUUAUUUUGUUAUUUUCAGGCUAUUUAACAGUUGUCAUGGCAGAUAAUUUAAAUCAGAUUGAAUCUAUUCUAGUUGGUCCGGAUGCUGUGUUAAUUUAUUAUGACUCUUCCGAAUUCGUUUUGUUGUUAAGUUGAUUUGAAGACAGUCGCUUGACUAGAAACCCUGAAAAAGGCCCAGGGAUGAUUUGGUUUGGUUUUUUUUUUUAUUCCUCCCCUUUGCACUGCUGUGCAGGUAGGGCUGAGUGACCUGAAUUUGAGAAUCUGUGUCUUGCUUCAGAGCUAUAAAAGCUGAAGAUUUGAAAAAUGUGUGUGCCUCUUUGUGAAGGUCACUACUACCCAUUGGAAAGUGACUAUCUUUUGUCUUUGGAGUUAUUAAAGAUGUAUUUGUGACUAUUUUCUGUUUGCUCUGAUAUUGAAGUGUGAAUUCAAUUUGGGAACCAAGAGGAAAAAUAUUGACUACAACCAAAUACCACUAGAAAUGUGGGGCAGUACUAGUUAAAAGUAUUUUAAACUCUAUUCAAAACACACAUACCCCUUCCCGCAAAGGGCUUCAGUUCUAGGGCAUUAGAGGGGAAAUCAAAAUGGCCUAAAAUGGGUUUGUAAAUCUAAUAAUUAUACUUCGAAGUUUUGUCUGAGUGCGUCUUUAAAAAGUUAGAGCAUUCCCAUUCGUAGCCCUUUGAUUCAUGCUGUGAAUGUACCUUUUAGUUCUUCACUGAAAGUUAGGUGAUUAAGCAAUCCAAUUUUCAAAAUCCAGUCACCUACCGAAUUUAUCAUGGAGGGGAAUGUAUUAAAUGGCUCCCGUGUCCUUGAAAAAUUGAGAGGGAAGAUGAUUCCUCUUUGGACAACGGUUGGGGGUUAAACGGGAAAAUUUCAAACACCUGUUACACAAACCUCUAGUCUGGUCUUGAUUUAGAGCCAUGGGACUCAGAGAUAAAUUUAGCCGUGGCUGUAUAUGUGAUCUUAAACAUGAGGAUAAGGCAAACUAGCAGGGACUGUGAAGUCGUCUGUUAAAUGGAGAUUGUUCUUCAUGUUUCUGAGUUGAGAAGAACGCAACUGCGGAAAGCCAGGAGUUAAGAACCAGUUAAAAUCACCAACACCUGGAGAGCUAGUUGGACUAGGAGAGGAGAAUUUAAGACUCUUUCUCGCUCCCUUCCCGCCCUCAACCUCUCCUCCAAGUCUGAUCUAUACACCUACUUUUUCCCUCGAAAGUGUUUUUUCAUUCAUUCAGUCGUAUUUAUUGAGCGCUUACCGUGUGCAGAGCACUGUCCUAAACGCUUGGAAAGUACAAUUUGGUGACAGAUACGGUCCCUUCCCAACAACGGGCUUUUUCAAACACAUCGGGACUCGGCUUGCUAACAUUAUCUGGAUUUACAAGGGAUCAAAGUAAGAUGUGCGCGAGAAUAGUUUGAAAUUGAAAGGACUGUUCACCUCCAUUUGGGGGGUGGGAAUCGUAAGGUAUUUCACGCAACUAUUUCCUUCUGUAGGAAAAUUGUAUUUAUUGAGCGCUUACUAUGUGCAGAGCACUGUACUAAGCGCUUGGACUAUAUACGAUACCGUUGGUGUCUGAAAGUUUAAUCAGUCGAUGGCAUUUAUUAAGCGUUUACCAUGUGCCGAGCACUGUACUAAACCCCUGAGUGCGACAGCUGGUAGACUCUUUCCCUGCCCACAAGGAGCUUACAAUCUACAGCUUACUACAGCCCAAAGUUGGAGUCCUUAACCUAAUUUAUCAGAAUCUCCGGAUAUAUCACACACCUAGCAAGGAAACACCUGUGUUGGAAAUUUGGGGCACCUUCUCAGUUUCAGGACGUUAUCUUUUUUUAUACAGCCUCUUCCCCGUGUGCCACUUGGGUUUAUAAAUACUACCUGUGAGAAUCUGCACUUUUCUUAAGUGUUUGUUGUAUAUGGAAAUUUUGUGGUUUUAGCUAAAAGUGUUGUAAGUAAUAAAAUCUUCACUUCAUAAUACAGAA